AUGUGGUCAGACAUAAGACCACCAUCACUGAGGAUCAUCUGAAGACCAUCUCUACUAACUUCAGCAUCACGAAGGAGAAGUGCUGUGCUGCUGAGGACAAAGAAGCAUGCUUCACUGACAAGGCUGCCAAGCUGCUAGCUGAGACUGUAGAGCUGGUCAAGGUUUAAGAUAUCAUUUUCAUUUUAUUCAUUUCAACAGAGGAACUGGUGAAUUCAAAAAAUGGCUAAAGUUCUGUCUGUGUCUACAAUAUCUACCUCCAUAGCAACACCAUAGUGACCUCACCUCAUCCUUCCAUCCAUAACGUCUGUGAUCCACUAAGGCUGUUUAUCUGUGAUCYACUCAUUAACCUGUCGAUCUGUGAUCGACUCAUUAACCUGUCGGUCUGUGAUCGACUCAUUAACCUGUCGAUCUGUGAUUACUCAAAAGCACUGGUUUAUUUCUGACAGACAAUGACUGAAAUAAAUGAAUUUAUUUGA